AUGGACGGCGAGGAGCAGCGAGGCUCGAACCUGACUGGGAGUGAUCCAGCUCAUCUCGAUAACGCUGUAAGGGCCAUCCAGACCAAGAAGCCUAUCCCAACAAUCGACUUCACCCUGCACACAAUGGAAGAUGGCUCCCAGGUCAGCACCAUGGAGAGAGUCUGCAAAGAUGUGCAAGCGCCUGCGAUGCACCCUCCUACCAACGAGCAAUUCUUCUCCCCUCAAGAUCCCUCCAAGCCCAAUCUGGCCUUCUUGAAGCAACAUUUCUAUCGCGAAGGACGUCUGACCGAGGAACAAGCCCUGUAUAUUCUCGAGGAAGGUGGCAAGAUCUUGAAGCAGGAGCCCAAUUUGCUGGAGAUGGAUGCGCCCAUCACUGUCUGCGGGGAUGUACAUGGCCAGUACUACGAUCUGAUGAAGCUGUUUGAGGUCGGUGGCGACCCGGCGGAGACGAGGUACCUGUUCCUUGGCGACUACGUUGAUCGCGGCUACUUCAGUAUCGAAUGCGUGCUGUACCUAUGGUCGUUGAAGAUCUGGUAUCCGAAUACGCUGUGGCUCCUCCGUGGAAACCAUGAGUGCAGACAUCUGACUGAUUACUUUACUUUCAAGCUCGAAUGCAAGCACAAGUAUUCCGAGAAGGUCUACGAUGCGUGCAUGGAGUCCUUCUGCGCUCUCCCUCUCGCGGCGGUGAUGAACAAGCAAUUCUUGUGCAUUCACGGUGGCUUGAGUCCAGAACUGCAUACCUUGGACGAUCUCAAAUCGAUUGAUCGAUUCCGGGAACCCCCGACACACGGAUUGAUGUGCGAUAUCCUCUGGGCUGAUCCCUUGGAAGAGUUCGGCCAGGAGAAGACGUCCGAGUACUUUGUACACAACCAUGUCCGAGGCUGCUCGUACUUCUUCUCAUACCCGGCCGCAUGCAAUUUCCUCGAGAAGAACAACCUCCUGUCCGUGAUUCGCGCGCACGAGGCCCAGGAUGCCGGUUACCGCAUGUACAGAAAGACUCGGACGACCGGGUUUCCCAGCGUCAUGACCAUCUUCUCCGCUCCCAACUACCUCGAUGUGUACAACAACAAAGCCGCCGUCCUCAAGUACGAGAACAAUGUCAUGAACAUCCGACAGUUCAACUGCACCCCUCAUCCGUACUGGCUUCCCAACUUCAUGGACGUGUUCACGUGGUCUCUGCCGUUCGUCGGAGAGAAGAUCACGGACAUGUUGAUUGCCAUCUUGAGCAUCUGCCCCGAGGACGAGCUUAGGGAUGACGCUACACCAUCCACCGUCUCCCCAGGCCCGGUGUCGCCGCCCAUCAACACCUUGGACCCCGAUUCGAUCGAGUACAAGAGACGAGCCAUCAAGAACAAGAUUCUCGCCAUUGGUCGUCUCUCCCGAGUCUUCCAAGUCCUGCGAGAAGAGUCCGAGAGUGUUACCGAGUUGAAGACGGCAUCUGGAGGUAGGCUGCCUGCCGGUACCUUGAUGCUCGGUGCGGAGGGGAUCAAGAAUGCCAUCAGCACGUUUGAAGAUGCACGCAAGGUCGACCUGCAGAACGAGAGGUUGCCACCCAGUCACGAAGAGGUCCAGAGACAGCUCGAGGAGAGUCGGGCACAGGCGUUAGAGAAAGCCAAGGAGGCGGCGGAUAAUGACAAGGGGCUACAGGCACUGUCCAGGCGUCUCAGCACUGAUCGGAAACGAGCCAAGUAG